AUGGGAAUUCUUCCCUUCCGCCAUGGUCAUCUCCGGAGGAGGAUUCCGCAAACUCACCAUCGGAUCCGUAAAACGGAAGUUCGACGAGCUAAUUCAGCAAAUUCGAGCAAAGCAUCUACUCUUGACCUUGCCUUGGGCGGCUCAUCCCCCAUAUCGUUCUACAGGGAAGAACUGCCGGGCGGAGCACCCAACACAACCAUUCCCCUCAUUAUCCGGGCUCGAAUGGCCAACUUUGACGUACACUGCAUUUUGAUCAAUCAAGGGAGCUCGGUGGAUAUUAUGUACUCCCAUCUAUUCAAAACAUUGCAACUGAACGACAGCCACCUCACCCCCUACGUAGGCUCAGACCUACAAGGUUUCAAUGGCACUGUGACGAAACCAUGGGGAUUCUUUGAGCUUAUCGUUUCGGUUGGAUCGGCAAAAAGCGCGAGAGCUGUCAAAGUCCAGUUCCUAGUCAUUGUUUGCCCCUCGAUCUACCAAUGCAUCUUGGGACGCCCGACGCUGGCCGAACUGAUCGUCGUCCCCUUAACCGUGCAUCUCAAACUCAAAUACUACACAGCCAAAGGACAAGUCGCAACGCUCCACGGAGACAUCAAAGCGGCCAGAAGGUGUUUCGAAGCCUCCGCCAAGGGCCUUAGCUCGAUAAAAGCGGUUGUUCAGGCGGGUGCCGAGCCCAACAAAUCUAUGUCCCGCAUCGACACCAUCGACCUGGACAGCCGCUUCCGUAAACAAUCCGAGGGGAAAACAGACGUGAAGACAUUAGAAGAGGGUCUCCGACCAAUCCCCAACGGGGAUUUAGAGCUGAUAACCCUCGAUGAUGACCCGACCAGAGGUGUCAAGAUUGGGACAGACCUGCCCGAACUGGCCAGAAGGCAACUCCAGGCCUGCCUCAAGGAGAAUGCCGACCUGUUCGCCUGGAGCGCAGCUGAGAUGCCCGGCCUCGACCCGGAAAGGAGAAGAAAGCAGUAUCCGGAGAAAACGGCUGCGGCCGAACUAGCUGUUAGGGACCUCUUAGAGGCUAAAUUCACAUCGGAAGCCAAGUACACUACUUGGCUCUCGAAUGUUGUACUUGUAAAGAAAUCUAAUGGAAAAUGGCGCAUGUGCAUUGACUAUACCGAUGUUAACAGGGCUUGCCCAAAAGACGCUUAUCGUCUACCUAGCAUAGAUAAAUUAGUUGAUAAUUCCGCGAGUUUUAAAUUACUAUCGUUUAUGGACGCAUAUUCUGGGUACAACCAAAUACCCAUGUCUAAAACGGACAAAAAAUACACGGGUUUCAUGACUGAAUCAGGCAACUAUUACUAUAACGUAAUUCCCUUCGGCCUGAAAAACGCCAAAGCAACAUACCAGCGAAUGAUGAACAAAGUGUUCCGGGCGGAAAUCGGCGAUAUGCUCGAAGUCUAUAUGGACGAUAUGAUCGUCCAAUCCCAAGAGGAAACCGAUCACUCCGUCCACCUCAAAAAAAGUCUUCGAGUAAGCCCGGAAGUGCAAAAUGCGGUUUAA